GGGAGGACGGAUAAACGGCGCAGAGCCACUCACCGGAUUUGAUACCCGAAGGAGGGCAGGAAUGCUACGGUGAUUUCCCUCUCUUCUCUCCCAACACCCACCUCCUCAUCCUCUACCACCUCCUCCUCCUCAUCACUCCUCUUCAUCUCGGAGCCCAGACGCACUCUUGUGUUUUUUAUUGGUUUGCGUUUUUCCAGCGGAUAAGAGAACAUUUCACGCUCCGAGGAGAACCGACUCUUUAUUGCCUCUUCUCCUCCAGAGAGGAACUGGGUUUUCCAUCAGUGGAUGUGUUGGACACCUCAUGUGAGAAGAAGCGAUACUACUUGGAAGAAGUGAACGUUUUCCACUGGCUUGUAUGAAUUGGGGUAGUGGAACAUUUCCCUUGGCUGCGCACGGAGCUCCUCACUUCCAAGGCAGAGCUGUGUCACUGUGCAGAUAAGAACACCAGGGAUGAGCUAAAGGCUCUGUGAUUGGAGGAGAGAGGGAAUGAACAAACUGUGAGAGCGAAGAACCAGGAGACGAAAGGCAGAAGCGUGAAGGAAAUCACCUCGGUGGGGGCGGAGCUCCACUGAGAGGCAGCAGAGAGCCGGAGUGAAGCGCUCGGUGGCUCAGGUCGGAUCAGAAGCCAACGCUGAAGAUGAAGCGCCAGGGCCUCGGGCUCCUGAGGGCCCUGCUGGUGCUGCUGGGAGUGUCUGCGCUCUGCAGCGUGGCGUCAGGAACCCGGAGAGGACACGCUGCCUUGGAUCAGAGGAGCCACAGACACAGAAAUUCAGGUCACUUGUCGUUGCACAGACACAGGCAGCGGACGGGGAAGGAAGGACAGGUGCUGCAUCGGUCCAAACGAGGAUGGGUCUGGAACCAGUUCUUCGUUAUUGAGGAGUACACCGGGCCUGACCCCGUCCUGGUGGGCAGGCUCCACUCAGACGUAGACUCGGGCAAAGGCAGCAUCAAGUACAUCCUCUCCGGCGAAGGCGCUGGGACGAUCUUCGUCAUCGAUGACAAGACGGGAAACAUCCACGCCACGAAGACGCUGGACCGCGAGGAGCAGGCGCAGUACACGCUGACGGCCCAGGCGGUGAACAGAGACACUAACAAGCCUCUGGAGCCUCCGUCAGAGUUCAUAGUGAAAGUUCAGGACAUCAACGAUAAUCCUCCAGAGUUCCUGCACGGGCCGUACUACGCCAGGGUCCCUGAGAUGUCCAACGUUGGAACCUCGGUGAUGCAGGUGACAGCUACAGACGCCGAUGACCCCACCUACGGCAACAGCGCCCGGCUGGUGUACAGCAUCCUGCAAGGACAGCCCUAUUUCUCUGUGGAGUCUCAGACAGGUAUAAUUCGCACCGCCCUGCCGGACAUGGACCGCGAGGCCCGGCAGGAGUACGAGGUCGUCAUCCAGGCCAAAGACAUGGGCGGUCACAUGGGGGGGCUGUCUGGGACCACCGAGGUCACCAUCACCCUCACGGACGUGAACGACAACCCGCCCAAGUUCCCACAGAGCGUGUAUGCCAUGUCCGUGUCGGAGGACAAAGUCCCCGGAGAGGAGGUCGGUCGGCUGAAGGCGAACGACCCCGACCUCGGAGACAACGGGCUGGUGAACUACCGCCUGGUGGACGGAGACGGGAUGAGCAUGUUCGAGCUGACCACUGACUCCGAGACCAGAGAGGCCGUCGUCAAACUGAAGAAGAUGGUGGACUAUGAAACUAAAAGGUUGUACACGUUGAAAGUGGAGGGAGCCAACACCUACAUCGACCCUCAGUACCUGGCCUGGGGGCCUUAUAAGGACGAAGCAACAAUAAAGAUAUCAGUGGAGGAUGCAGAUGAGCCUCCUGUGUUUGUAGCUCCCAGUUACACCUUUGAGGUGGAAGAGAACGCGCCCGAAGGCACCGUGGUGGGACGAGUCCACGCCAAAGACACUGACGUUGCCAACAACCCUGUCAGGUACAUGAUCCCUCGCUACACGGACGUCGAGCAGUUCUUCAACGUGAACGCAGAAGAUGGCAGGAUCACCACCACGAGGCCGCUGGACAGAGAAGCUCAGGCCUGGCACAACAUCUCUGUGUCUGCAACGGAGAUCGGAGGCCACCACCAGGACACAAAAGUGCGUGUUAACAUCAAAGUGAAAGAUGUGAACGACAACUCCCCAGAGUUCGCAACCAACAACGAAGUCCUCAUGUGUGAAACAGUCGCGCCGGGGAAGGUGAUUGAAACAGUCAGUGCCGUGGACAAAGACGAGAUGGUUCACAGGCAACACUUCACAUUCAGCCUCGCUCCCGAAGUCGCCCACAACCACAACUUCUCCCUGAAAGACAACCGAGACAGCACAGCCAGUAUUUAUGUGCUGCGUAAAGGAUUCAGCCGUCUCACCCAGGACGUUUACUACCUUCCCAUCGAGAUAAACGACAACGGCUUACCGUCUUUGAGCAGCACCAACACGCUGACCAUCCGAGUGUGCUCCUGCGACAGCAAGGACACCAUCCUGUCCUGCAACGUGGAGCCCUACGUCCUGCCAGCGGGUCUCAGCACCGGGGCGCUCAUCGCUAUACUGGCCUGUAUCGUCAUCCUGCUCGCGAUCGUGGUGUUGUUUGUUGCACUGAGGCGUCAGAAGAAGGAGCCAUUGAUAAUGUUUGAGGAGGAGGACAUCAGGGAGAACAUCAUCACUUACGAUGACGAGGGCGGCGGCGAGGAGGACACGGAGGCUUUCGACAUCGCCACACUGCAGAACCCAGAUGGUGCAAAUGGUUUCCUGCCAAGGAAGGACAUCAAACCGGAGCUGCAGUAUCCCAUCAGGCCCGGUCUCGGUCACACCGGAGCCAACAGCGUCGACGUGGACGACUUCAUCAAGACUCGGAUCGCAGAGGCCGACUGCGACCCCACCGCCCCUCCCUACGACUCCAUCCAGAUCUACGGCUACGAAGGCAGAGGAUCAUUGGCUGGUUCAUUGAGUUCCCUCGAGUCUGUCACCACAGAGUCGGACUUGGAUUAUGACUAUCUGCAGAGUUGGGGGCCGAGGUUUAAGAAGCUGGCGGAUUUGUACGGGACCAAAGAAGGCUCCAUUGACGAUGCUGAUGACGGUGAAGACUCUUAACAGUGGUCUCACUGAGUGGACGCCCCCCGAUUUCCGAUUUCCUGAUCCCAUGAGGAUUCGCUAACUGAGGAUAACACUUCCCCGGUUGCUGGUUGUUACCGACUGAUCCGUUCACGCCAACCAACGUGAACAGCCCUUCAUUCCCUGGCACCUCCUCGGUCCAACAAGACGAUUUGCUG